AGCCGAGCCCUGCAGGACACGAGCCGAACCGAGCCCAGUCCAGCCCUGCAGAACCCGAGCUGAGCCGAGCCCUGCACGACCCGAGCUGUGCCGAGCCGAGCCCUGCAGGAGCAGAGCCGAGCCCAACCCAGUCCGGCCCUGCGGGACCUGAGCCGAACCGAGCCGAGCUCAGCCCUGCAGGACCCGAGCUGUGCCGAGCUGAGCUGAGCUCAGCCGAGUCGAGACGAACCGAGCCCGGUCCAGCCCUGCAGAAGCCGAACCGAACCGAGCUGAGCCGAGACCUGCAAGAGCCGAGCCGAGCCGUGCUGAGCCGAGCCGUGCUGAGCCGCCCAUGGCGACCCCCGGCCCCUCGCGUGUCCGCCCGGCCCGGAGCCACCGCUGAGCACCGAGCACCGGCGUCCAGAGUUUCAAUGUUCUGACUUGCUCUAAGAUGAAGGUAUGGAAGUUUGCAGCCAUUGCAUCGAUGCUCCUCAGUUCCAUGUUAUCCAUUUUAGUUUGUAGAGACAUGUUCAACGGAAGCCGGAAAUUCAGCCCCUCGCCUUCCUCGCUGUCUUCUUCACGGGCAUCUUCCUCCUCCUCCUCCUCACUGCCGGCAGCUCCGCGGAGAUCCCCACGAGCCCUACAACGCCACAGCUCGCUGCUCGCCCAGUACAGCAGCUUGCUGGAGAGCUACACGGAGGGGGAGAUCCGGCAGUUGAUCUCGGCGCUGGUGGAGCGCUACAGCCAGGCCAUGAACUCAGGUGGCCAUGAGCUACCACUCUUCCCGCGGGUGGGCAGCCGCCGGAAACGCGCCCGCGCUCGCCACAAACCUUGCGCCUUGAAGGAACUGGAGGUGAGCGUCAGCGAGUUGGGUCUGGGCUACGAGUCGGAUGAGACAGUGCUUUUCCGCUACUGCAGCGGCACCUGCGAGGCGUCCGUCCGGAGCUACGACCUCUCGCUGAAGAGCAUGAGGAGUAGGAGGAAGAUCAAGAAGGAGAAGGUCCGGGCUCGCCCCUGCUGCCGACCGCUGGCCUAUGAUGACGAUGUCUCCUUCCUGGACGCCUACAACCGCUACUACACCGUCAACGAGCUCUCGGCCAAGGAGUGCGGCUGCGUGUGAAGGGCUGGGGCCCCCCGGGAGGAGCGGGCAGGAGAGAUGAGACCCUGGCCCCAAAACCCUACUGGCCACCAGGCAGAGGGACCGGGGGCUGCGGUGGGGCCGGAGGGACGGGCCCCAGACCUUUGGCUGGAGGAGAAGAGACUGAGCUGCUGGGACAUCCCUCGGUGUUACCGUCCCGUUUGCUGCACAGGACUAAAGACGAGGCUCUGGGUGCCAUCGGUUCUUGGAGCGGCGAUGGCUGCUUGUGGCUGUUGUCCCACCCAGGGGUGGGCUGGGGGGUCCCUAUCAGCCCCCCAGGAGGGUGACAUGGGUGUGCGUGAUGCACAGGGCACGUUUUACCCUCGGGCUGUGAUCCGGGCAGAGGGCUGUUGCAAAUCCAAGGUCACCGGCACAGGGUGCGCCGCGCGAGGCAGAGGUGCUGGGUGCAGGGUGCGUUGCAGGCGCAGCGUGUUUAUGUGCUUGGAGCAUCGCACAGAAGCUGUGUUUGAGGGCAGGAGGUGGUGCUGGGUGCAGGGGGGUUGGCAGGGUGUGCUGCGCACACGGUGUGGGUUGCAGGGAGUGGCUUAGAGAGCUGCAGGUGCCCCAUUUCCAGCCUUGGGGGCUGGAGCUGCCCCGUGCAAGGGUUUACCAGGGUUUUCCAUGCUGAGGUCCCUGCGCUGCUGGGGACAGUUUGGCACCCCAGAUCCUUGUGAUUGGGAGCAGAGAUGCACUGACAGUGGUUUGCACUCCGGGAAAGGCUCUGGCUUCACUCCCUGUGUCCGCCCGUGCCCCCUUUGCCAUCGUUUCACUCCCCGAUGCUCUGGCUUUUCUUAAACUCACGAUAAUCUGAAGUAACUGGAUUAACCUCCCGUCCCCCCGUGGGCAGCUGGGCUGGAGCGCUGCCCCGCUGGGGAGGUGACGGAGCCUCACGAGGCCACCAGCAAAGCCGUGGCACUCACCACCCUCUGCAGGGUCGGAGCAUCCAUGGUUUGGCAUCUCCCAAAAGCCGGACAAGCUCUCCCGGCUGCAGCACGUAACCGCUGCCCAUCGCCUCGGCGGGGCUGGAAUCGUGCGGGAGAGGGGGCUCAGGCCUGGGCUUUGGCUCCGGUUUGCAUUUACAGCAGUGUCACUCCUGUUUACUCUGCGGAGAAAUAAAUGAGCCCGCAGACUUUUGCAUUCUCCGGGCAGGCUAUAUUUGCUGCCUGGGAUUGAUGGGUUUUCUCCCCUUGGCCCUCUUCCCAGAAAAAGCAAAUCAUAAACAGAAGGAGAAUAUUGGUGUCAUGUCCUGGGCAUUAACCAACGUGAGGGAAAAGGCUCCGCUUGCCACCCCAGAUUGCGGCGGCAUCCCAGCUCCUCAGUCCAGCUCAACCAGGGGAUAAAUCCCUCGCUCUUCCAUCCCAGCGAGGAGGAGUGCUUAUAGGUGACCCCAGCAGCCGCGGGAUGCAGGAUUUUAGGAAGGAGGGCAGCAUUAGCUGGGAUAGCACAGCUCAGUUUGGGAUGGGAAGCAGCUCUCUCCUUGCAUCUCCCUCCGGAGAGCAGCCCGGACCUCCGCAAAGGGCCAGGCUGGUGGGUUUGGUUUUUUUUCCCCCCUUGCUUUUCAUCCGCACACCGCUCUUGGCUGAGUGGAGCCAGGAUGCCAUGAAGCAAUAUAAACACCAUCCUUCAGCAGGGCCGCCAGCCCCGGGAAAGCAGCCUGCACUCUGUAACACCGAGUUUUCCCCUGGCUGUUGAGAAAGGGAGAAAGUAACUGUGGACGUGGGGUGCAAAAUCCAUCCAGGGAGCAUCGCAUGCGCUGCUUAACCAGGGAGGAUCCUGCAUCCUAGGGAUGCAAACGCUGCCGAGAGCCAACUCCAACCACGCUGCAGGUAUAUGGAGCUUCUGAAAGAGCUUUGCCCGGUGCUGCAGCCCCACGAGGGAGAGUUUGCACCGCUGGUGCUGCCAGAGAGCGUUUGCACCACUGGGUUUAGUGGAAAUUAAAAGGAUGGCUCCAAAUAGGCAGCCAGGGAGGACACAGCAGGAUGGGCAGAGCAGGCGUCAGCGUGAUCCGCGCCAUGCUCGCGGCAGAUAAGCAGCUCGCUCUUGACUUUAAAAUAACCCAACUGCACCCAAAUCUAAUAAUAAUAACUGCACUCUCAAGGGUUUGGGUGCUUUCCAGUUCUCACUACUAUAAAACUAAAAUUAGUUUUGUUGCAGAAGCCUCCAGUAAAAAAAAAAAAGAAAGGGCGAGGGAAGUCGAGCAAUAAAGCAAGGUGAGGUGUCGCAGAGGCAACGCAGGACCAGGCGCCGUGCGAGGAGGAUUUGUAGCUGAGGUUCCCAGCGUUGCCUUUGCUUGUGUUACCCUGAGCCCAAGAGGUGGCUGGGGGUCAUCGGAGCUGUUGCGUUUCCCCCAGGGGGCUCUUUGCACCCUGUUUUGUGUUUUUCUUUGGCAAUGUAUAGGGGUUUAGGGUGCAGUGAUUUGUGGGCACCCAGGGUGUGAGUGUGUGCCGGCAGCGCGCCUGGCUCA